AUGACAGUGGCGGGCCAACCUCAAGGCUCCCCGCAACAGUCUGCGGGGACGGCAAACGAUAAUGGCGUGGGCGCACAUGCCGCCCUGCCGGACCUCGAGGGGCCUUUCAAGGAGGUGGUGAAGCGCUCGCUUGACGAGAUUCUUCAGAAGCGGCCGGCGAAGCCCAUUUGCUUCCUCGUCGACCAGCUCUUGGCAAAGAGCGACAGUCAUGAAGUUGAACAGCAUGACUGCGUGGUGGGCAACAACGUCCACUGCACGCUGAAAAAGGCGUGCACGCGCAAAAACGGGGCUGGCGUGUACCAAGUCCCCGGUCUGCCGUUGCUCCAACUCGAUGCUCCCAACGCCUUCGAGCUGGAUGCCGCGCUGCGCCACCUCGACGCACUCACGCCUCCGACGGCGGAGGUUGUCGUGUUCGUUGAGGCACCCAGUCCGCCAACGGAUCUGUUCUUUCUGAAGGGUGUGCCGUACUUCACGAACGUCACGGAGCAACUUCUUCUUCAGCGCCGACGUGGGGCAGCCGAUGACAGGCUGCUCAAUGAUGACGACGGCGAGCGUGUGGGGUCCGCCAAAAAGGUGACGGGUCUUUUGCACGAUGCCCUCAAGAUGGGGGUCACAACCCUGCAGGAGGAGGUGGCUGCGGUGGCCACGCCCGCCUCGCGGUUCCGCGUCGUCGAGUUACCGGUAGUGCAGAGUAACUUUAUGGAGGUGUUUGACGUCAUUGAUGUGGCGCUGGGCAUGCGAAAGCACCACUGGGAGGCGCGGGCCACCGCCCAGGCGGAGGUUCCCUCUGCCUUGCUCGCAUCCUUCAACCCGAGGAUGUCUAGGAUGACGUUUUCAAGAAUUAUUGCGGCCACAUUACCACUCCAUGAACAGGUGCAGCGCCGCAGGAUUGCGUCCACGCUGGAGAGCAAUAAGGCGCGUAUUCGGCAGCUGAACUAUAGCUACGUUACGCAGUACUGGAGAGAGGUACUGCAGCGGCGGGACAAACGGGAUCAAGAGCGAGCCAUGUUAAGCUCCUCGACCCAGCGCAGUCGACCUCCCAAGCAGGCGCGUUCACCAAUGCGGAAGAAUCCCUCAGUCAAGAAGUUGAAAACGAACUCCAAUACUGUUUCUGCCGCACGUGCUCAGAGACGUGAAAAUGAGGAUGCCACUUUUCUUCGUGUAACGCAACAGCUGCAGUCUCAGGCUGCGAUACGCAUUCAGGCGCUUUACCGAGGCUACCGCUCUAGAAAGAAGGCAUCCAUAUCACUUCCGCAGAGAGACCCGGUUGCCGACACAGCAUGCUGGGUGGAGGAUAUCCCCGCCUCGCUGCCAGCACUUCUGCGGCGAUCUCUGCAACACCUGAGUGCGACGCAUGGGGAGUUGUUUGGAAACUACGUCGUGUCAUGCCCACCCUCGCCGCGGUGUUUCACGGUUCUGAAGCCGUCUCGCAAGGUUCUCAAUAAAGAAAUGGAUAACGACGUUGACAGUGAGACGGAAUCCUGGGAGGAGGAAACGGUGAUUUUGCCGCUAAAGCGACAGGCACAACCCACUCCACACUUUAAUGCGCUUCGACGUCUCAUGGAAUGUGAGCUUCUAAGCAGGUGCAACACCACUGAGUACGCGCUUUCCAUUCAGGAGGAUUGUAGUGGCCUCUCUGUGCUGCAGCGACACGCCUACGACUGCUACAAGUCAUUGGUGCUAAACCUGAUGCAUAUUGCCUUUUUGGAACUCUAUCAUCGUGGCAAGUUACCGGUAACUGUGCUGGGGUUCUCUGAGUACAUGCAACGCCUCCACAGGUCUGUGUUUGGUUGGUUAUCGGCGCCGCAUCUCUUCUCCCGCAUGUCGCUCCGCCUCCCCGAGGACAGUGCACUCGUGCCGCCUGUUCUUUGUGAGAAGAGAGUGAUGGAAACAGAACGUGUCUUACUCGCCAAGGCGCAUGGAGGAGAUGCCCUCUUUGCGCGUCCAUACCAAAUUCAGGCAGAACAAUCGGCGACAUCCACUCGAGAAGAGAAAAGCUUAGAGGAAGUACAGCCGCAAUUUCUCUCCACGAUGCCUCCUGUAGGCUUAGAGAGUUGGUGGAAUUGUAAGGAUGUGUACGCCGCACCGGCGUUCCUUUCGGAGCUCGCGUGGGAGGCGGCUCUGAGUGAGGCAUCUCACAACCUUCGCAAAGGCAAAGUGGCGUGGUGGAGCCUUCAACCUGAUCCCGCUAUUUACAUCAACGGGGAACCGUUGGUGGGGGUUCCGCGGCACGAGCUGCAGGAAGUGCAGGGUCGACCUCGCUUCGAUGAGCAUGUCGUGCGCAUCGAGGAGACUGGGCAGACUUCGAAGACGGCACCGCAAAAGUCGCCCAGUGACACGUCAACGGGAUCCCCCCGUGGGGAUCAUUGGCGCGGCAGUUACCGUGGCGUGGUUGAUGGCUGCUCCACAACUGUUUUAGAGGAAAAGAGGACGGGAGAGGCCACCGCAAACACGCAUCCACCCGCGCUGGGUGAGGCGUCGUACGUCUCCACCUUUGGUGGCUCACUGCUGUGGGAGGACUUCCACCUGGCGCGCCUGAUAAACCAAGACAGAGGCCUCAACGCGGCGGGGUGUCUGCAGAUUUACUCAACCGUGCCUCUGUCAGGUCCGUACGGGAUCCCCAUGGUACACGCCAGUCAACAACCGUUGGUGGUGUCGCCCAGAAGUGAGUGGCGCAUGCCAGAGGGCGCCUCACUGCGCGACAGUGUAAAUACAGCGGGUGCGUCGGGUUCAGUGGUUCGGUCGUCGCGUCAAUCUCGCUCGCAGCAACGUGAGUCGUGGCGCAGAAUACUCGAUGCCCCCAAGAAGAAUGCAUCCUUGGCCGACAAGUACCAAAUGUCAUGGGGAGAUUCAAGGCUUACCUUCUCUCCAAGAAACUCUUUCCUGUCUACGGGAAGUACUUCAAAACAUGGACGGGAAUCCCCGUCGAACUCCCUCCUACUCAGUGAGGCAGAGACGGUUGAUGUUGUGGCGCGCCGAGUGGCCGAGCGCGUGCUGGAGGAAGGCAAUUUUGUGCAUGAGCGUCCCUGGAUUACGCCAGUGUGCGGCCGGACGUGGGUGUCGGUCUUUGAACAGUUUGCGGCCAAAUGUCUCUCCCAAUUGCGUGAAGGGUACUCCGUCGUCGUUGCGGUCAAUGACCCGUCGCAGUUGAUGCUGUUUAACGCGCUCUGUUUGCUGAAGCACGCCAUGCAGUCACCGGCAUUAACGCCCGAAGUGCCCGUGGAUGUCAUGGGUUUCAAAUUUAUACCCCAGAAGCGUCCUUUUUUGGCCACCGCGUCUCUCCUCUCGGAUGAAACGACCUCGCGUCUCGCCUUCAUGGAGGGCUUCUACAAGUGCGUGGACGAACUCGUGAGGCAUGGCGAUGUCUCUGUGGCGGAAACGCAGUACGUGGUGCUGAAGGUUAUGCAGGAAAACUCUCCUGCGGGGCUGGCGUUCUUGAACGAAAUCCCCACGCUCAUGAAAAACGCCGAGCAGGAAACGGAUCCCCGCCUUUUGGUGGACGGUAUCCUUGCCAUUGUGCAGCGCGUGGAACUUUACUGCUGGUUGCUGCUCU